AUGCUUCACGACCUUGAUAUUACAGAAGAGCUAUUAAAGCAUGGAAUUUCACCAAACAUUCCAAUUACAACAGACACACAAAAGCUUUAUCCUUUAGAGUUAGUACUACAAAAUAACCUUACAGAUUUUGUAUAUCUCUUACUUUCAUUCGGUGCAAAUCCUCAUUUAAUCGCACAAAAUUAUCAAGAAAAGUUGAAAGAUUAUUGCGUAACUGAAAAGCAAGCAAAAUCCGACCAUAAAUCAGAAAUACAAGAAAUUUCUCAAGAAAUACAUCCAAUUGAUGAAAAUUCACCUCUUUUGUUCGAAGAAAUGAUGGAUAGUCAAGGCGUUUCACCUGCCGAAAUCAUGUCUACCAUUGACCGUAUUCGUGAAUUCUAUUACGAAGUUUCUAAGAUUCUUCCGAAAUUUUCCAAGAUUUAUUCUGAAAUUUAUAACGAAUACAAGCCAAUUAUUGAAAAACAAGCAAAAAUUUACGAUGAUUCUAAAGGAAUUCAAGUAAAUGAAGACGGAAUCAAGCAUUUAGCUGAAAAUACCGAAAAAGAAUGGAAAGAAAACAGAUUGAAGCUAAUUGAAUACUAUGAACUUCUAGAUGAAGUCAAUGAGUAUUCAUUCCCAGUCUUUGCCAACUUUGUCAACUUCCACGAAUUAUCUGAGGAUUAUCUCUACAACUGCAUUAACGAUCUUACAGAAAUGUACAACUCUGCAGUCCCUGCUGUCACAAUGCCUGAACUUCUUGAUAGAAUCUCGAUUCCUCAUAAAGCACAAGAAGUUUUACAGAGAACUCUCAAACCGAAGCUUGAUAUUGUCCUACAGACUGUUGAAAAAUGUCAAGAGUUGAAAGAUAAUUCUGAUAUUUUUGGCGAUCUUAUCAUUUGGAGAUUUUUAUCAGAUAAGUUUUAA